GGCCGGUCUAGAAGCUUACAAUUCAAUCUGAAAAAUGAAACAGAGCGAUUGUGAGGUCAAUUCUUCCCUUUGUGCAAAAAACGAAAUCUGUGUUCCCAAUUAUAAAGACAACACUGCAGAAUGCAAAUGUCGUUAUGCAUCUGGAUAUACUGGAAAACCAUGCGAAGCACAAAGUUGCAAGCAGCUCCUUAAAGAUGGCGUUGCAUCUAGUGGAGUGUACACGAUUAAUCCAGAUGGCGGCAAACCAAUUCAAGUGUUGUGUGACAUGACCACGGAUGAUGGAGGUUGGACCGUUUUUCAAAGACGUUUGGACGGCUCCGUUGACUUCGAACGUGACUGGAGAACUUACAAAGACGGGUUUGGAAAUCUGAUCGGCGAGUUCUGGCUUGGAAGCGACAAUCUUCACCGUUUGACAGCCGCUGAUGACGUCAUGUUGAGAGUUGACUUGGAAGACUUUGAAGGGAACAUCACGUACGCUAAGUACGCCACUUUCAAUGUCACAGACGAGGCAGAAAAUUACACGCUCACACUUGGAGGAUAUACUGGCGAGGCCGGUGACUCCUUCACACGUCAUAGCAACAUGAAGUUUUCAACGAAGGGUAAAGACUAUGAUGGCCAUCAAAAUAACUGUGCCAUUGAAUGCAAAGGAGCUUGGUGGUACAGCGACUGUCACGAUUCAAAUCUGAAUGGAUUGUACCAUAGAGGCCCACAUGAUUCCCACGCCGAUUGA